ACUCCUCCUCCUCACUUCAUUGCGCAGUUUGGAUCAUGUUUAUCAAGCGCUCCACUUUUCCCACGCGCCUAUUUGCGGGAUUUUGCGCGUUUCGUGGGAAAUUGGUAUAACACUGUACAAGGAAGAGUUCAAGUGACCGUGUUCUGUGUGUGAGGCUUUCUCCAAAGGACAUGAGGGUUAGAUCCCUCCAGGAGCUGGACAUCUAUGGUUCCUCUCUCCUCUCAUCCCACGGCAGAGGGACUCGUUCCUGUUCCUGAUCCCCAAACCUCCCCCCUCCCCGAGUCUUUCCCUAAUUCAUGACCCAGCAGGAUGCAUCAUCUGUGCGAGCUCUCUCUGAGCGUCUCCUCAUAGCCUCGCACAAGGGCCAAGCGGAGCAUGUGGUUCAGCUCAUCAACAAAGGGGCCAAGGUAGCCAUUACCAAGAAUGGCAGAACACCUCUGCAUUUGGCUGCCUAUAAAGGCCACAUUGCUGUUGUGAGGAUUCUGCUCGCUGCUGGAUGUGACCUGGAUAUUCAAGAUGAUGGUGACCAGACAGCCGUGCACAGAGCCGCUGUGGUGGGGAACACUGACGUCAUCUCCGCGCUCGUUCAGGAAGGAUGUGCACUAGAUAGACAAGACAAGGAUGGGAACACUGCUCUACACGAGGCUGCGUGGCACGGCUUCAGUCAGUCUGUCAAACUGCUGGUGAAGGCUGGAGCCAACGUGCACGCUAAAAACAAGGCAGGGAACACAGCUCUUCACCUGGCGUGUCAGAACGGUCACGCUCAGAGCUCGAAGGUCCUGCUGCUGGGCGGCUCUCGGCCCGACAGCAAGAACAGCGUAGGGGACACGUGUCUGCAUGUGUCUGCCCGGUAUAACCAUGUGAGUGUGAUCCGAGCGCUCCUGGGUGCCGUCUGCUCGGUUACUGAACGAAACCACGCAGGGGACUCCGCUUUACACAUCGCAGCUGCGCUGAACCACAGGAAGACUGUGCGCAUGUUACUGGAGGCUGGGGCCGACAGCCGCGUCAAAAACAAUACAGGAGAGACGGCCCUCGAUCAGGCUCGUGAAAAUGAUAAUCCUGAAGUGGCUCUGCUGCUCACCAAAGCCCCGCAGAGCUUCACUCGAGGACGCACUGUGAGGAAGAGGAGGGACAAGAUGAAGACUGAGGGUCGAGCACAGUCGGUCCCUCGCGAGGAGAUGCUGCCGAGAAAGGACAGUGUCUCUCCAGCCAAUGACACUCACGGCAGCGACAGUUCUCUCCGGCACAACGACACCGGGUUCCUCACAGAGGCCCGUGCCAACAAAACCAGCGACAAGAAGGUCAAAGACAGGCUGUCCCCAUCAGAUGCCCUCAUCCGAAGACAAAAUAAACACAGCGAUCAUAAGAAGAAGAGUAAAACCGAGAGAUCAAGUCCCUCAGCUGCUCUUCCUCCUCCUCCUCCUCCUCAUAACUACAAGGCGUACCAGCUCUAUACUCUCUACAGAGGCAAAGAUGGCAAGAUCAUGCAGGCCCCAGUGAAUGGCUGCAGGUGUGAGCCUCUCAUUAAUAAACUGGAGAACCAGCUCAUGGCCACUAAAGAGGAGAUGCAGUCCGAGAUUCACACUGUACAAGAGCUCAUGAACAGCAAGAUGGGCCAACUGGACCGCAGGAACAAACACCAGAUCCGAGCUCUAGAUAAGAUCACUUUAGAGAGAGUGUCCGCUGAGAGGACUGAAUGUUUACAUCGCAUUGACAAGAGAGCCGUAGAGGAACGCUUGGAAGGAGAAAAAAGACAGCAGGCUUCAGUGGUCAACGAUAUCAAGAACUGGUGCCUUUCUAAGAUCCAGAGUUUGGAGACGCGUCUCUCUGGCGAUCGCUUACGGCGCUCCUCGUCCCUCACCGACACGCUUUCGGAUUGGGAUCCCCAUUCCCACACAGCUGUACCGGACACAUCUGGGGGCAGAGCAUGUGACCCUCCGUCAGCAAACCAGCCCCAGCCGAGAGAUGGAGGAGAGACGGCAGCAGCGAACACGAGUCCUGAGGACGGACCUGCCAGUUACUAUGUGAUCGAGGUGGACGUCUCUCCGGAUAAGCAGUCAUCACAAAAUCAAUCUGCGCCCCAGUCUCCUUGUAUAGUCCGGCCUAAACAGCGAUCCCGGGCCUGUAGUGACCCUCAUCGAGUGCAAGAUGAGCCUCGGGACUCGAGUCUGGAGCCGAGACGCGUCCCGGAUCAGGGCUGUGAGCAGAAAUGUGCGCUCGAGCACAGGAACCUCAAAAGACGCACCCAACAGAAAGCAAAGACCAAACCAAACGCACAAGCCUUGGCGAGUUCAGGAGAGCGGCCCGCCGCCGAGGCCUCCUUCGCCCAGGAGCGGGAGAACAUGCACGCGCUGGAGGUCACGCAGUACUUCUUUGAGGCGGUGACCCUGCAGAUGGAGCGCUGGUAUGAGCGGAAGAUCGAGGAAGCAAGAUGGCGAGCCAACCAGAGGGCUGAAGCCGACAGAGCCGCCCUGCUGGACAGAAUAAGCUACCUUGAGGAUGAACUCAGACUGUUGAGAACUAGCAAACAGGAGGAGAGCUAGUGUAGAAGAAGCCACUGGUGUAGAAGACACUGUAACUCACGAGGUUCCCGAUGGAUUAGUGAAGUUCGAUAGAGCAGCUAACACAUGUAGAUAACACUGAAGUAACAAAGCAUCUGAACAGAGUUUGAGCCGAAACAUACUCUACGUAAGUGCUUGAAUGCAAACGUGUUCUGAAAUUUGCCAGAACACAAUUCAUAAAGGAGGGCAAGUAGCAAUGCAUUCUCAGUGCUGCCACAAGGAGUGCCAUAGAGCGCAACAGUCGGAUUCUGGAAGUAAAAAUCCAAUUCAUUUUUCUCCCUAGGAGAAUUUUUAACAAUAUCUUAUUAACCUUUAAAGAAGGACCUACUGUGAGAUACAAGGUUGUUAAUUGAUGUUAUAAUGUGAACAGAUGGCUUCAAUAAAAGCAUAUUAUAACUUAUUUAAA